AUGAGCUCUGCGUUACCAACUUCCAGGUAUCGAGCGACCGCUCUUCGCUUGCAUCGCAAGGGGCUGAGCAUUCCCGAGUACCGCAAGGAGGACAGGGAAGCGGAGGUGGCGGAGGAGCAGUUCGCCACCGAAGCAUCCUCCCUCUCGCUGCAGGAGCUGGAGGAUCCCGAGCUCUCCUCGGACCUCGUGGGAGAGCUCGCCUCGAUCGUCUCGGCGUAUCCUCGAGUCAGGAAGGCGCUGGAAUCUUUCUGUAUCAAACCUCCCAACGAUGCUCGUGGAGCCGUUCUUGUCGGGCGAGACAUCGGGACAGUCAUCUGUCCCGAGGCUGCCGUGAAGUUGUACGUUGAAGCAGAUGUUGAGACGCGGGCUCAACGGCGGUUUCAUCAGCAGCAGGAGAGUGGCAGGAACGUCAGUCUGGAAGUGAUUCUCAAGGCCCUCCAGGAGAGAGACAAGAGAGACAUGAACCGCGACAGCUGUAGACUGCACAUGGCGACUGACGCCGCUCUACUUGACACCUCAAGCUUGACCCCAGAGGAGGCUGUUCAACGUGCUCUAGAGCAUGCGAGAAGGCAACUGGGCGACAUCAAUGGUAGCGUGUAG